AUGGCCGCCAAACGCAAAGCCUCGACCGCAGACCCCUCCGCCGGCGCCCUCGCCGCCUCCCCGCCCCCCGCAAAGCGCAUCACGCCCGUGCCCGUGCCCACCACCGCCUCCUCCGCGCGCAGAGCUGCGUCUUCGCGCGCCACAGCUGCGCGCGCCAGCACAGACGCGAAUCCAGACACUAAUCCGCAAGUUGUGGAUUCAGCGGAGGCGCUGCGCGCGUCGCCGGAUGGGGACGCGAGUGCUGGGAUUGUGGGGGUGGCGGUGGAGCGGGGGGCCGGAGGGGGAGAGGGAGAGGGAGAAGAAAUGGAGGGGGGAGUGAAAGGGAAGGGGAAGGGGAAGGGUAACGGGAAGGCGACGGCGAAGGCGAAGGGGAAAGCGGGUGUUAAGGUUGAGGAAGAGGAGGAGGACAUGAAGGGCGCGGAGGGCGUGUUGGCAGGGGAGCUGGAAGCGGAGGCUGAGGCGGGCAUGGAGGCCGAUGAGGAGGAGGCGGUGCGCAUAGCGUUGAGCCGACCGCCGCCGGUUCACAGCGAUUACUUGCCGCUGCCGUGGAAGGGGCGGCUGGGCUACGCCUGCCUAAACACAUACCUCCGCUUCUCGACCCCGCCGGUCUUCAGUUCGCGCACCUGCCGCAUCGCCUCGAUCCUCGAGCACCGGCACCCGCUCAAGGACCCCUCGCAGCCAGAGCACGCGACCAAGAACCGCCCCGACAGGGAACAGCCGGCAGAUGAGGCGCGCGGGCAGGCCUAUGUGCAGAGUCUGGGGCUGGCGAACGCGAGAGAUAUUAUCAAGAUGGUGCGCUGGAAUGACCGCUAUGGCAUCAAGUUCAUGCGCCUGAGCAGCGAGAUGUUCCCCUUUGCUAGCCAUGAGGAGUACGGGUAUACGCUUGCGCCAUUUGCUGCGGACGUGCUGGCGGAGGCGGGGAAGGUGAUUGCCGAGUUGGGGCAUCGUGUGACGACGCAUCCGGGGCAGUUCACGCAACUCGGCUCGCCCCGCCAAUCUGUCAUCGACAACGCGAUCCGCGACCUCAUCUACCACGAAGAGAUGCUAUCGCUGCUGAAGCUGCCGCCGCAACAAGACCGCGACGCAGUAAUGAUCCUGCACCUAGGCGGCGUCUUCAACGACAAAGCCGCGACCAUCGCCCGCUUCAAAGCCAACUACGCGCGCCUCUCACCCGCCAUAAAGCGGCGGCUCGUGCUCGAGAACGACGACGUCAGCUGGCACGUCCACGACCUGCUGCCCAUCUGCCAGGAGCUGGACAUACCGCUCGUGCUCGACUUCCACCACCACAACAUCCUGUUCGACAAGACGCAGCUGCGGGAGGGGACGGAAGACAUCCGCGCGCUGUUCCCCGCGAUUACCGAAACCUGGACUAGAAAGGGCAUUACCCAGAAAAUGCACUACUCGGAGCCGACCCCCGCAGCCAUCACCCCCACCCAGCGCCGUAAACAUAACCCCCGCCCCGCGACCCUGCCCCCUUGCCCUGAUACCAUGGACCUCAUGAUCGAGGCCAAGGACAAGGAACAGGCCGUCUUCGAACUCAUGCGCAACUUCCGGCUGCCGGGCUGGGACAGGUUCAACGACAUGAUCCCGCACGUGCGCAGCGACGACAACCGGCCGCGGCCCGUGGCCAAAAAAGCUGCGCCGAAACGUAAAUCUAAGAAAGGAGCCGCAGCCGAAGAAGACGAGGCAGCAGAGCCAGAGCCAGACGCAGAGCCUGCGCAAGUGGUUGUUGUGCCUAAUGAAGACGUCGGCAUGGGCGGCCCCGACUGCCGCGUCUACUGGCCCCCAGGCAUGGAGGACUGGCUGCGCCCCGCCAAGCGCGUGAUAGCGCCCAAAGCGGCAACCACGAGCGCCAAGCUGACGCCGGCGCAGAAGCGCAAGGCCAAGGCCGAGGCCGAGAAGGCCGCGGAGGCGGAGAAGGCCGCGGGAGCUGCGGGGGGUGAAGAGGACGGAGAAGACGGCGAAGAGGGCGAGGCGCCUGAAGUGACGAGCACGAAAGCAAAACGCCGCCGUGCCCCGGCUGGGAAAGAAACUGCUGCGCCAGCAAAGGCGAAGAAAGCGCCUACGACGAAAUCGAAGGCGAAGGCGAAAGGGAAGACAAAGGCGAAAGUAGAAGAGAGUGAGGAAGAAGAAGAAGAAGAAGAAGCAGCAGAAAGCUCAGAGAACGCCGACCUGGACGCCGAGCUGCUGGAUAUAGACUCUGGCUCUGCUUCCGAUGGCAUGGACGUAGAUGUACCGGCACGGAACGCGGGGGCGGGGCGGAGGAGCGCAAGAGCGAAGAGGGGGGGCCGGGUCAGCUAUAAAGAGGAUGGGGAGGGGAGUGAGUAG